GCGCCCUUUGGUGGAAAUUAGUCACGAACUUCACUCGUCAGUUUUCGUACUUUAGCAUUAUUGAGAUUUUGAUCCCCAGGGAUGAUCAUGACGUUGAUUUUUGUCAAGUGGCUGUUUCAUGCGAAGCUCAAGCUAAUAGAGCGCUGAAAACUAAAGCAUGCUGUCGUAUCUGUUACAUAAAUAGAGUAGUUACGAUAUUCUUAAUUGUGAUGCCGGUUGUAAGGUUUGGUAAGCCAUUAAAGCUGUUAUAGGUUAUAAUUAAUUACAAACGCUGUAUCUAACGAAUAACAAGCCCGCAAAUUCCUCCUUCGCGCAACCAUGAGGCGCAGUCAAAUUGUGUUGUUUACUAUAAUACUGGCGGCAUGUCUCUGCGCUUUGGCCUGUAAUGCUGUGAAGAUACCCUCGGAUAAUGAAGUUCGACUUGAAAAGUUUUGUGGUGGUACCUAUAUUCUGCCUUGUCCCGAGUCUACGGAGGCGGACCGCCGUGCUGGACGACUGGGUUUUUUACACGUUCCGAAAAGAAACUGCAGUGUAGUACUGGCUAUGCCCAGCGAUUGCACAACGGAAUCAGCCAUAUACCUCCAUAUUCCAGUUUCUUAUAUUGGCCAAAACCAGACGCUAGAAAUCUUUGAGACGAAGGAUGACCAGCUCGAACUAAUUAAACAAAUUCCAGGCGGCGAAAUCCUUAACAUCCCCAACAGUCCCUUUCUAUCUGUAGCGCAAGUACGCUCCCGUUAUGACCGGACUCCGUCCCUGACGAUCUUCAUAGGAGGCGGACCGCAGCAGAAAGACAAUCCGUAUCACGAAAUCUGGAUGGACUACACGCUUCUGACCAGCGAAAGCAGCAAACUGCCCAACGAAGCUCUGUGUGAGGCACUUGAAGGAUACAUUCCCAAGGCCAUUAUGUGUAAUGACGCUGAUACUGGCCGAGUCAGCUGUCCCGAGGCAUACGUCGAACGGCUGGAUCCCAACAGUGUACUAGAAGUACAACGUUGCGGUAUGUACAUAGCUGCAGAUCAUGAACAGGACUGUACAUGGUGCAAACCGGAUCAUUCAAAAUCCACAACAAACGAGCCGGGGACAACGCCACCAACCACUCGGAGACCACCCGAGACUGGAACCACAGCUGUGCCACCGGUGGAAGUGCAACAUGUUGACCUUAGCCCAACCAAUGGGAAAGGAACCGUAACAUUUGUCCUAAAACCGCUUUCACGUGGACAGAGCUUUUACCGUAUUCUACUGGGCGAAAUUAUCCUGUACGUUAAGGACCGCGAGGUCUGUGUGGGUGAGGAAGGCCCCCAUGACUAUAUGGAAAAGAGACAGCGCAGCCCGGUCUAUAGCCUAAUCCAUCCCAACUGUUCGCAGAUAACUCACUGGGUAACCUUUUCCUCUCGCCGCGAAGGCGACAUACCACCGUUUAUUAAAUUCGGAUGGGGCUAUCACAUGACCAGCAACGUCCUCUUCGAGUUUGCGUCGACGGUAGGCGGCAACCACGAUCAGCCUAUCAAUAACAUCGGCCGUGUGGCCGUGUGCGACAAUGUCGCGCUAGUUGAUGCAAUGAAAAAGCAAGACUUGCCGUUGUUGCUGGAUUACUCGCCGGUUAUCAUUAAACCGAAACAGCGGACCCGCGAGCACACGUUAUCCAAAACGGAGAUCUUCCUCACGGUCGCCAGUCAGGCCUUGAUAGGCGAUAUCCUGGAGAAUAUUGAAGCAGAAGGCUCUUCCGGUCUAAUAACACCGGAGGAACUUAGCGCCAUCAACUACUCUCUGGAAACUCCUGGCUGCACUCUGGCCAAGAUUCUCGAAGCUAAGACGAAAAACCUGGUUUUGGCAGUAGCAAGUCGACUUACAUCCGCAUUCCAUCCGAGCCCCAACUCGGUGCACCGGGCCAGGAGUACGUCGUGGAGAUAUGGCCGCCGGGACAUUUCAGCCCGGUGCACAACCACGGAAACACGACCGCGGUGAUUAAGGUUCUGCAGGGCUCCAUCAAGUCGGAAUGGUAUAAUCCCAUUGUCGAUAAGAGUUUCGAGCAGCCGGUGUUGGUCCGAUCGCAGAUGUUCUAUGCCAGGAAUAUCACUUGGAUGUGGUCGGAUAUGUACCAGACACACAAGCUGCAUAAUGUGGAUCCACGUGUAACCGCUAUCACGAUUCAGGCUUAUCGUUAUGAAAGUGAGCAACACAGAAAGGAAACAGUGAAGGAGGACUUCUUUUAUUAUGUACAGCCGAAUAAUUCGUCUCUGGGAAGAUUCUUCCCAACCACCGAUCUAAAGAUUGCAGAAAUUCUCAGUCCUAAUGGCAAGGUUUUCCAAGAGUACCGCAACAAGCGCUGUUAAUGUGUUAAGAAUGCCAUUAAUUCGCUUAUAUGCAGUUUGAAUGCACCAUGUUUUCAUUCUUAACCAGAAGCAAUGUUGGUUGAUUAGGUUUUUCUUUUAUUCAAGCAGUGUCACAACAACGCAUGCUACAAGUCCAUGAAAAAUCCAGUAAAUUGCUACAAA